AUGAGCGAAUCGGCGCAGAUUCCCGAUAUCACUGCGGCCCAGGGCGACCCUGUGGUAGAUCCAGCCCAGUCGUCCAUGUCAUCGCCCGUCCAUACGGAGGAUUCACAGGCAGGCGACCAGAUGCUUCGCGAGGAGGAGCAAUCGCCGCCGGCGAUAGUGGAAGGCACUUCAGCGACAGGCACCUCAGCAACAGGCAGCCUGACCGACGAAGAUGAACCUCCUACUGCUUCCAUGCCCGUCCUCCGAGUCGGUUACAACCGCGUCAUCAAGUGCGUAACAUGUCGCGCCAACGACCUCCCGUGCGACAACCUCGACCCUUGCAACGAGUGCUACAAAAACGAGACCGAUUGCGUUCGCCGUCGCUGCGGCUUUGCGGCUAAGGAGAUUGGAGAGCGCUGCGAGCUGCUCUGCGACCGUCUUCACUUCAGCGACGUGGCUAAGGAGAGCGAGGCAGACAGCGACAAGAUGAACAAGCGCAAACGGGAGGUAGAAGACAGUGGCGCGGAAGAGAAGGGCCCAGAUAAGGCAAUGAAGGACGCGGUCUUGGGGGAGAGGACAUCGGACGAGCAGGCAGAAGGAUGUAACAGCCUGGAAGAGAUGUGGUUGGCGGCAAGGACCACUUCAGAAAGGGAAAGGAUAAGAGAUCGCAUGAUCGACGAGCAGAUGGCGAGAGCGAAGGAGGAAGUGGCUGCAAGGAUGGCAGCGGGAGAGUACCAGAAAGACGACGUAACAAAGGGUGAGGACAAGAAGGCCAAGAAGUCUGCUGUUGCCAUCGCAUACGCGUAUCUCGCAGAUGGAACCAGAGUCGCGGCGCAGGAUGUUGAAGCUGUGGAGUCAGCUUUGUCGUAA